CCAAGGACCUCGCGGCGACGCGUGGCCACUUGAGGUCAGUGCGCAAGCCAAGGUGACCGCGGCAAACUGACGCGCGACACCGCUAGGACCUUUCGUACACACAAGCUCAGGCUUGUGGACGCUCACAAAUGUUGACGAAUGUCACCGAGCUGACGACAGCUUGGUGCAUUGCAGCAUAGAAAUACCAAGAUAUGACGUGGCAGCUCCUCGAGUCGGCGGUCCCACCUGGCGCCGUUUCAUUGGCCAUAACCUGAACGCCGAUGGCGCAUCCCCACAGCACGCCCAAGCGAUGAAAACCACCGGCGUCGACUUGCAUGCAAUGCAUGCAAGCAAUCAUGUAUGCGCGCCCGCGCAGUAGUCGUCGUAGGGUCCAAAACCUCUGAGAUCCGAUCCAACCCCAGGAUUCGAGAAGCUUCGGCCGAUAUCCAAUCUGAGAGGUUUCGACAGGCGACCGUUGACGCCGGGAGCCAUUUUCAGCAUCAUGGCCGAGGAAGCCAAGCUCCGCGGGAACCGGUUCUUCACGGCCGGCCAGUACCAGGAGGCCGCCGACGCCUUCACCGAGGCCAUUGGCCUCGAGCCCUCGAACGCUAUCUUCUACUCGAACCGAUCGGGCGCGUACCUCAAGCUCAACCGCGGGCCGGACGCAAUUGCGGAUGCGAAAAAGUGCAUUGAGCUCCGGCCCGAGUGGCCCAAGGGCUACUCGCGUCUCGGGACGGCGCUCUUUUACGUCAAGAAGUACGCCGAGGCCAAGGCGGCGUACGAGCGCGGCCUCGCCAAGGACCCGAACGACGCCAACCUCCUCGACGGCCUUCGCAACACCAAGGCGCAGCUGCCGGACGCGAUCUCGCUCCAGGAGCUCACGAUGGCGUCGCCGCACGCCAAGUUUCGCACGUUCCAGUUUGGCCUUCGGUGCCUCAUGGCCGCGUCCUUCGUGCUCUACUGGACGGCAUGGGGCAGCGCGUCGACGGCUGCGUUUGCGUUUGCGACGUUCUUCAAGCUCGGCGCUGCCAACUAUGCGAGCUUCCUCGCGUGGAACCACGGUAAGCCGCAGAUGAACGCGGCCUACGCGCAGCGCGUCGUGACGGACCCGACGACGCAGGCGCUCAUGUUUUGUCUCCUCUUCUGGUUCUCGAGCCCGUACUCGAUCGCGCUGCUGCCGAUCGCGCUCAACGAAGGCGUGCACUUUGCGUCCUUUGCUGGCUCGCUCUUUCUCUCUCUCGGGUCGUCGGUCGGCGCGACGUGCUUUGCGCUGCUUGACCCGAUCAUGCCCUACUACCUCGGACCGCAGACCGCGUGGCACACGCUCAACAACCACGGCAAGUGGGCUGCGCUCUACCACCGCACGCCGCAGGUGGUGGCGAAUCUGGACGUGGGCAUUGGUCUCUGCCUCAUCCUCGAGCUGCUCACGCCCGCGCGCAACUUUAUGCUGCUGCUCAUCUACUGGCAGCUCCUGCGCAUCCGCUACAUGAUCUCGCCGCAGCUCAAGAACGCGUUCAGCCAACUGGACACGACGCUUUCGGCGCUCGUGCUCCACCCGCGCGCGCCGACGCUCCUCGCGACCGGCUACGCGAAGCUCAAGGACCUCAUGGCCAACAUGGUCAAGAUGCCGACGCCCGAAGAGGCCCAGCAGGCGUCGGCGAUGCCCAAGUGCUCGAUCAUGUAGCUAUCACUAGAAAUCCAUCGUCUUCUCUACCGGAAACGCCACAUCAUCAUCCCACAUUACGCUCCAUUCCAGUGGACCAGCUCCUCCUUGAUGUGAUGCUAGACAAGUGUCAAAGCACAGGCAAA